AUGUUUCCAAAAAACCUCUAUUCGGAUUCUGUUGUAUGGGUAUGCCGAAAGUUAAAGCUUGUUCGAAAUCAUCAAAGCCUCCAAACUACAAAUAUUCCAAAAUUUCCUCAAAAUCAAUAUCAGUUCGGUAAUACCCAACCAGCUGAACCUUCAACAGAAAAGAUAGAAGAAAAGGCUCGGAGAUGGCAACAAUUACAAUCAAAACGAUAUGGAGAAAAAAGAAAAUUUGGUUUCAUUGAACACGAGAAAGCUAAUAUGCCACCAGAGCAUAUUAGAAAAAUCAUCAAAGAUCACGGAGAUAUGUCUAGCAAAAAGUAUCGACAUGAUAAAAGAAUAUAUCUUGGUGCUUUAAAAUAUGUACCACAUGCAGUUUUAAAGUUGUUAGAGAAUAUGCCAAUGCCUUGGGAACAGGUUCGUGAAGUACCAGUAUUGUAUCAUAUAACUGGUGCAAUAACUUUCGUUAAUGAAAUACCUUGGGUUAUUGAACCAGUUUAUAUCGCUCAAUGGGGGACUAUGUGGAUUAUGAUGCGUCGAGAAAAACGUGAUAGACGACAUUUUAAACGUAUGCGUUUUCCACCAUUUGAUGACGAAGAACCUCCAUUAGAUUAUGGUGAUAAUAUUUUAGAUGUCGAACCACUAGAAGCAAUUCAAAUGGAACUGGAAGAUGAUGAAGAUGCACCCGUUUUUGAAUGGUUUUAUGAUCACCAUCCUCUUUUGGAUACAAAAUUUGUUAAUGGUCCAACAUAUCGACGUUGGAAAUUAAAUUUACCAAUAAUGUCAACUUUAUAUCGAUUAGCACAUCAAUUACUUUCUGAUCUUACAGAUUCAAAUUAUUUUUAUCUCUUUGAUAUAAAGUCAUUUUUCACAGCAAAAGCUCUUAAUGUUGCAAUUCCCGGUGGACCAAAAUUUGAACCUCUUUAUAGAGAUAUGGACACGGCUGAUGAUGAUUGGAAUGAAUUCAAUGACAUAAAUAAAAUUAUAAUUAGGCAACCUAUUCGUACGGAAUAUAAAAUUGCAUUUCCUUUCUUAUAUAAUUCUCUUCCACGAUCAGUUCAUGUAUCAUGGUAUCAUGAACCAACUGUUGUCUACAUUCAAAAUAUUUCGCCAUUUCUGGAAGAUUUCCCACUUUAUUCUGAUAAUACCGCUGAUGGAAUUGCGUUAUGGUGGGCGCCUCAUCCUUUCAACAAACGUAGUGGGAGAAUGCGUCGUGCUGAAGAUGUACCUUUAGUAAAAAAUUGGUAUCUUGAGCAUUGCCCAUCUGGACAACCAGUUAAAGUUCGUGUAUCUUAUCAAAAACUUAUAAAAUGUUUUGUAUUAAAUGCUUUAAAACAUCGGCCACCAAAAGCUUUGAAUAAAAAAUAUUUAUUCCGUCAAUUGAAAUCAACGAAAUUCUUCCAAACUACAGAGUUGGAUUGGGUUGAAGCUGGAUUACAAGUUUGUCGACAAGAACGUAAAAAAUCUCGAUUCGGAAAUGCAUUCCAUUUAUGUCGUGAAAUCUUACGGUUAACAAAAUUGGUCGUUGAUUCACAUGUGCAAUAUCGACUAGGUAACGUUGAUGCAUUUCAGUUAGCUGAUGGUUUACAAUAUAUAUUUGCGCACGUUGGACAAUUAACCGGAAUGUAUCGAUACAAAUAUCGUCUCAUGCGUCAAAUCAGAUUAUGUAAAGAUCUUAAACACCUUAUAUACUAUCGAUUUAAUACCGGGCCUGUCGGUAAAGGUCCGGGUUGUGGAUUUUGGGCUCCCGGAUGGCGUGUUUGGCUCUUUUUUAUGAGAGGAAUUGUUCCUCUCUUAGAACGCUGGCUUGGAAAUCUGUUGGCUCGUCAUUUUGAAGGUCGUCAUUCCAAAGGAAUUGCAAAGACAGUAACCAAACAACGUGUCGAAUCACAUUAUGAUCUUGAACUUCGCGCAGCAGUUAUGCAUGAUAUAUUAGAUAUGAUGCCUGAAGGUAUCAAAGCUAAUAAAUCAAAGACUAUACUACAACAUUUAAGUGAAGCGUGGAGAUGCUGGAAAGCAAAUGUCCCAUGGCAUAUAAUGGGAAUGCCAAAGCCCAUAGAAAAUAUGAUUUUGAGAUAUGUGAAAAGCAAAGCAGAUUGGUGGACUAGUGUAGCACAUUAUAAUCGGGAAAGAAUUCGAAGAGGAGCUACAGUUGAUAAAACUGUAUGUAAGAAAAAUCUUGGACGUUUAACUCGUUUAUGGUUAAAAGCAGAGCAAGAACGGCAACAUAAUUAUCUUAAGGAUGGACCUUAUAUUACUGCAGAAGAAGCCGUUGCUAUUUAUACUUCUACUGUACAUUGGUUAGAAAGUCGUAAAUUUUCUCCAAUUCCCUUCCCACCUCUUUCUUACAAACACGACACGAAAUUGUUGAUUUUGGCCCUUGAAAGGUUGAAAGAAGCUUAUAGCGUAAAAGGACGUCUUAAUCAAAGUCAACGUGAAGAGUUAGGUUUGAUUGAACAGGCUUAUGAUAAUCCUCACGAAGCACUUAGUCGUAUCAAACGUCUUUUGUUGACCCAACGUGCUUUUAAAGAAGUCGGAAUUGAAUUCAUGGAUCUUUAUAGUCAUUUAAUUCCAGUAUUUGAUGUUGAACCUCUUGAAAAAAUUACUGAUGCUUAUCUUGAUCAAUAUCUUUGGUACGAAGGAACCAAGAGAAAUUUAUUCCCAGCUUGGAUCAAACCAUCUGACACAGAACCUCCUCCAUUACUUGUUUAUAAAUUCUGUCAAGGUAUCAAUAAUUUAACAGAUGUUUGGGAAACUUCAAAUGGUGAAAUCAAUGUUAUGUUGGAAACUCAGUUUAGCAAGGUUUAUGAAAAGAUCGAUUUGACUUUGUUGAAUCGACUCUUGAGAUUGAUUUUGGAUCAUAAUCUUGCGGAUUACAUGACAGCUAAAAAUAACGUGGUCCUCAAUUAUAAGGAUAUGAAUCACGUGAAUGCAUAUGGUCUUAUUCGUGGGUUACAAUUUGCUAGUUUUAUAUUCCAAUAUUAUGGUCUCAUUCUCGAUUUGUUGCUUUUGGGUCUUCAAAGAGCAUCUGAAAUGGCUGGUCCUCCACAAUGUCCUAACGAAUUCUUACAAUACCGUGAUGUAGUUACAGAAACAAGACACCCAAUUAGACUAUACUGUAGAUACAUCGACAAAGUUUAUAUAUUUUUCCGUUUCAAUGCCGAAGAAGCCAGAGAUCUUAUUCAACGCUACCUUACAGAACAUCCAGAUCCUAACUCAGAAAAUAUAGUUGGUUACAACAAUAAAAAGUGUUGGCCACGGGAUUGUCGCAUGAGAUUAUUUAAGAGUGACGUUAACGCUGGAAGGGCUGUAUUCUGGGAUAUAAAAAACAGAUUACCGCGUUCGCUUACCACAAUUGAAUGGGAAGAUACAUUUGUUAGCGUAUAUUCAAAAGAUAAUCCAAAUGUAUUAUUCUCUAUGUGCGGAUUUGAAGAAAGGACAGCACAAGCUUUCCUUCGAGUUGAUGAAGAAUCUAUGAACAAAUUUCAUAAUCGGGUUAGACAAAUUUUGAUGGCCAGUGGAAGCACAACAUUCAGCAAAAUCAGUAACAAAUGGAACACUUGUUUGAUAGGUUUGAUGUCUUAUUUCAGAGAAGCCGUUGUUCAUACACGUGAACUGUUAGACAUUAUUGUAAAAGCGGAGAACAAAAUACAGACUAGAAUUAAGAUAGGGUUGAACUCUAAAAUGCCCUCAAGAUUUCCUCCUGUAGUGUUUUAUUGCCCAAAGGAAAUUGGUGGUUUAGGAAUGCUUUCUAUGGGACAUGUUCUCAUACCUCAAAGCGAUCUCAGAUGGAGUAAACAAACAGAGACAGGCAUAACUCAUUUCCGAUCCGGAAUGAGCCAUGAAGAAGAUCAAUUAAUACCUAAUCUUUUCAGAUAUCUUCAACCUUGGGAAUCGGAAUUUAUUGACUCACAACGUGUUUGGGCUGAAUAUGCAUUGAAAAGACAAGAAGCAAAUGCCCAGAACAGGCGUUUGACACUCGAAGAUUUAGAAGAUUCGUGGGAUAGAGGUUUACCACGUAUUAAUACUCUUUUUUCAAAAGAUCGUCAUACCUUAGCGUAUGAUAAAGGUUGGAGGGUUAGAACUGAAUUCAAAAGUUAUCAAAUAUUAAAGAACAAUCCAUUUUGGUGGACACAUUCUAGACAUGAUGGUAAAUUAUGGUGCUUAAACAAUUAUCGAUCUGAUAUGAUUCAAGCUUUAGGUGGUGUUGAAGGAAUAUUAGAGCACACACUUUUUAAAGGUACAUACUUUUCCACAUGGGAAGGUCUCUUCUGGGAAAAAGCUUCUGGAUUCGAAGAAAGUAUGCGAUACAAAAAAUUGACAAAUGCUCAAAGAUCCGGUCUCAACCAAAUUCCUAAUCGUCGAUUUACAUUAUGGUGGUCUCCUACAAUUAAUCGAGCUAACGUGUAUGUUGGUUUUCAAGUCCAAUUAGAUCUUACAGGUAUAUUUAUGCACGGAAAAAUACCAACACUAAAAAUAUCAUUGAUCCAAAUUUUCCGAGCUCAUUUAUGGCAAAAAAUACAUGAGAGUGUUAUUAUGGAUUUAUGUCAAGUUUUUGAUUCUGAACUUGAGAGCUUGCAAAUUGAGACAGUACAAAAAGAAUCCAUUCAUCCUAGAAAAUCUUACAAAAUGAAUUCCUCAUGUGCCGACAUUUUAUUAUUUGCUUCUUACAAAUGGAACGUCUCAAAACCUUCUCUAUUAAAUGAUAAUAAAGAUGUAAUGGAUGGCACAACAACAUCACGAUGGUUUGUUGAUUGCCAAUUAAGAUGGGGAGAUUUCGACUCUCAUGACAUAGAGAGAUAUACUAGAGCCAAAUUCUUAGAUUAUUCCACAGAUAAUAUGAGUAUUUAUCCUUCACCUUUUGGUAUAAUGAUAGGAAUUGAUCUUGCGUAUAAUUUACAUAGUGCUUAUGGUCACUGGAUUCCUGGAAUGAAACCAUUAAUUCAAUCAGCAAUGGCGAAAAUAAUGAAAGCCAAUCCAGCUUUAUACGUUUUACGGGAACGUAUACGAAAAGGUUUACAAUUAUAUAGUUCAGAACCUACUGAACCAUAUUUAUCAUCACAGAAUUAUUCAGAAUUAUUUUCAAAUCAAAUUAUUUGGUUUGUAGAUGAUACAAACGUAUAUCGUGUAACUAUUCAUAAAACUUUUGAAGGUAACUUGACAACUAAACCGAUUAAUGGAGCUAUUUUCAUUUUCAAUCCAAGAACGGGACAAUUAUUCUUAAAGAUUAUUCAUACUUCUGUGUGGGCUGGACAAAAACGUUUGGGACAAUUGGCAAAAUGGAAAACCGCCGAAGAAGUGGCAGCUUUGAUUCGUUCAUUGCCAAUCGAAGAACAACCUAAACAAAUUAUUGUUACUCGAAAGGGAAUGUUGGAUCCUUUAGAAGUGCAUUUAUUAGAUUUCCCUAACAUUGUCAUUAAAGGAAGUGAAUUACAAUUACCAUUCCAAGCUUGUUUGAAAUUAGAAAAGUUUGGCGACUUAAUUCUUAGAGCAACGGAACCUCAAAUGACAUUGUUCAAUUUAUAUGAUGAUUGGCUCAAAACAAUUUCAUCAUAUACGGCAUUUUCACGUCUUAUACUUAUUCUUCGUGCACUUCACGUGAACACCGACAAAACAAAGAUAAUUUUAAGACCAGAUAAAACGACUAUAACUGAGCCUCAUCAUAUUUGGCCAACUUUGAGUGAUGAAGAAUGGAUUAAAGUUGAAGUUGCACUUAAAGAUUUAAUCUUGGCUGAUUAUGGUAAAAAGAAUAAUGUCAAUGUUGCAUCACUUACUCAAUCAGAAAUUCGAGACAUUAUUUUGGGAAUGGAAAUUUCUGCACCAUCUCUUCAACGACAACAAAUUGCAGAAAUUGAGAAACAAACGAAAGAACAAAGUCAACUUACGGCCGUAACGACUAAAACUCAAAACGUACAUGGUGAUGAAAUGUUGGUAGUAACUACAAGUAAUUAUGAGACAGCAACAUUUGCAUCAAAAACCGAAUGGCGUGUACGAGCAAUUUCAUCAACAAACUUACACCUUCGUACCAAUCAUAUAUAUGUAAAUGCUGAAGAUAUUAGAGAUACUGGAUAUACAUAUGUUCUUCCAAAGAAUUUAUUAAAACGAUUUAUUCAAAUUGCUGAUUUGAGGACACAAAUUGCAGCAUAUAUGUACGGUAUAUCUCCUCGUGAUAAUACGCAGGUUAAAGAAAUUAGAGCAUUAGUAAUUGUUCCUCAAUAUGGCACACAUCAAUCAGUACAUUUACCAAAUAUGAUGCCAGAACAUGAAUAUAUUAAAGAUUUUGAACCACUUGGUCUAAUUGUUACACAACCAUUUGAAACAGCUCAAUUAUCGCCCUCUAUAUUAUGCCUUCAUGCCAAGAUUGUAGCAGAGAAUAAAAAUUGGGAUGGAGAUAAAACAGUUACAAUGACUGUAAGUUUCACUCCAGGAUCAUGUUCUCUGACAUCAUAUAAACUUAAUCCAGCAGGAUUUGAAUGGGCACGUAAUAAUAAGGAUACAUCAGUCAAUCCGCCAGGUUAUCUUCCGACAUUCUCUGAUAGAGUUCAAAUGUUAUUAUCAGAUCGAUUUAUGGGAUUCUUUAUGGUUCCCGAAAAUGAUAUUUGGAAUUAUUCAUUUAUGGGUCCAUCUCACAGUGCUAAUAUGAAAUAUAAUAUAAAAUUAGAUGUUCCCAAAGAAUUUUAUCAUGAAUUACAUAGACCUCAACACUUCCUUAAUUUCUCUUCAAUGGAGGAAGAUAUUGAAGCUGAUCGUGAAGAUGCAUUUGCAUAA